AUGUUACGCGACCGACUGGUGUGUGGAUUGCGAAAUACAAAUUUGCAGCAGAGUCUUUUAGCCGAAACGAAACUCACUCUUAAAUCAGUCCAAGACCGUGCAAUUGCUGCAGAGCCUGCAGCCAAAAAUAAGCUCGUUAUUCAACAAGAAGUUCCGCAGCAAGAUCAUGUUCAUGCUAUAAAAUCCAGACCACAAAAGCACCAGCACCAUAAUCCACGAACUGCUGAUGAUAAUAAAACAGUUAGCAGAGAGAAGAAUCAAAAGCAUCUAACCUGUUUUGGAUGUGGGAAUUAUCAUGCGAGUUCAGCAUGUCCAUUUCAUACUGCUAAAUGUGACAAAUGUGGACGUAUAGGUCACAUUAAAAGAGUAUGUCGAACUAAGCAGAACAAUUAUUCUAACAACAGCAGCAGAGGGAAACAUCAAGUUAAUGCAAUAAAUCGGUUCGGUAACUGUAAGAAAAUAGCAACUGUAAUUAUCAAUGGUAUACAAUGUGAAUUCGAGGUUGACACGGGCUCAAAUUAUUCAAUUAUAUCGGAGGUUUAUGCAAAUAAAAUUUGGAGCCAUAACCUACCUAAAACCUUUGACACGGAUUUAAAUCUUUUUGAUUAUGGUAAUAAUCACAUUCCCAUUACAGGUCUUACCUACGUAGACAUUGUUUACAACAAGAAGGACAUCCAAAAUCUUCCUUUGUACAUUGCAAGUGGAAAUCGUACAAAUGUGCUGGGUUGUAACUGGUUUAACUAG